CUCCUCCUCGACGAGAUGAACUUCUUCCCCGCCGAUGACAAAUCCCGCGUCCUCCUCGACUCCAAACUCGCUUCACGCAAUCGCAGUCCCACCAAACUCGACUUCAACGUUAACACAGGCUUGAAUCUUUUGACCACCAAUUCCAGUAGCGAUCAAUCCAUGGUCGACGAUGGAGCUUCUCCAAACCCAGAAGAAAAAAGAGCCAAAAACGAGCGAGCAGUUCUUCAAGCUGAAUUGGAGAGGCUAAAAUCAGAGAAUCUAAGAUUAAAGGACAUGUUAAAUCAAGUGACGUCCAAUUACCAAGCGCUACAGAUGCACCUUGCAACCCUAAUUCAAAACCAGAAAGCGGCCGACGCUGCCGAUCCGAUUGAGGAAAAGUCCGCCGCCGCCCAAGAAAAGGUCAGACACGGCAGCGGAUGUAAUACUAAUAAGCUGGUCCCAAGGCAAUUUAUGGAUCUUGGAUUGGCCACGAAUGCCAACACCGAUGAUCUGUCAAUGUCAUCGUCUGACGGAAGGAGUGGAGAGCAGUCACGAUCUCCGGUUACAACCGGAGAAGUCGCGUCAUCCAAACGACAUAGCCCGGACACGAAUUGGAGUUCCAAUAAUAAUAAUAAGGUGCCCAAAUUAGGUUCUUCUUCUUCCUCUUCUUCAGCCAAAGAUGCAGAUCAAACUGAAUCUACUAUGAGAAAGGCUCGAGUCUCCGUUCGAGCUAGAUCAGAAGCUCCCAUGAUCACGGACGGAUGUCAAUGGAGAAAAUACGGGCAAAAAAUGGCGAAGGGAAACCCUUGUCCACGAGCUUACUACCGGUGCACCAUGGCGGCCGGCUGCCCGGUUAGAAAACAAGUUCAAAGAUGUGCGGAAGACAAAACAAUUUUGAUAACAACCUACGAGGGAAACCACAACCAUCCAUUACCACCGGCGGCCAUGGCAAUGGCUUCAACAACAUCAUCGGCGGCUAGGAUGCUUCUAUCAGGGUCCAUGUCAAGUGCGGAUGGAUUAAUGAAUCCAAACUUUUUAGCAAGAACCCUAUUGCCAUGCUCUUCAAGCAUGGCUACAAUCUCAGCCUCGGCUCCAUUUCCCACCGUCACAUUGGACCUAACACAAACCCCUAACCCUUUAUUCCAACGCCCGGCUGCCGGCCACUUCCCAAUUUCGUUUGCGGCCACUCCGCCUCAGAGCUUCCCGCAGAUCUUCGGACAUGCAUUGUACAACCAAUCGAAAUUCUCCGGCCUCCAAAUGUCGAAGGACAUGGAAGCGCCGCCUCCACCUCCGGCGUUGCAGAAUCCAUUGGCCGAUACGUUGAGUGCGGCGAUUGCCUCCGACCCGAAUUUUAUUGCAGCGUUGGCGACGGCGAUGACGUCGUUGAUUGGAGGAUCUCAUCAUCAAAAGGAGAAUGGUAAUGGGAGUAGCAAUGUUGAUAACAAUACAACUAGCAAUUCCCAACAGUAA